GGUGUUUCCCCUGUUCCUGAGAAAACCCCAAAUUAGAGCGGAGAAGCAGACGACUGUCAUGGAUGAUUCCAAGAUUAAAGAACUCAAGCUCUUCGUCGAGAGCUGCCAAUCCGACCCUUCAAUCCUCCAUAGCCCAUCUCUAGGUUUCUUCAAAACCUUUCUCCAAAGCCUCGGCGCCAAAAUCCCACCAACAUCAACAUCGAAUGGCGAAAAUGGACAUACAUUCAACGAAGACAUUAUCGAGUCUGACCUCGAAUUAGAUGAUUCUGAUGUUGUAAAGCCCGACAUUGACCCUCCACAAAAGAUGGGAGACCUCUCGAUUGAAGUUACAGAUGAAAACCGUGAUCUUGCACAAACACUGAAGUCAAAAGCUAUCGAUGCAAUCUCUCAAGGUAAACUUGAUGAAGCCAUUGAACACCUGACCGAAGCUAUUAUGCUGAAUCCAAGUUCAGCCAUAUUAUAUGCAACUAGAGCUAGUGUUUAUGUCAAACUACAAAAACCAAAUGCUGCGAUCCGAGAUGCUGAUGUGGCUUUACAGGUCUCAAAAGGCUAUAAAAUGCGUGGAAUUGCUAGGGCUAUGCUUGGUCUUUGGGAAGAAGCAGCAUAUGAUCUGGGUAUAGCAUCAUCAUUAGAUUAUGAUGAUGAGAUUGGUUCACUUCUUAAAAAGAUUGAACCUAAUGUUCACAAGAUCAAAGAGCAUAGACGCAAGUAUGAAAGAUUAAGGAAAGUUAAAGCAAAUGAACGCGAAAGGCAAAAAUCACAGCCUAAAACUGAGGACAUGCAUACUCCAGCUCAAACUAAUGGUGAAGUAGUUGCUAUUCACAAAGCAAUUGAGUUGGAAACAAGGUUGACUGCUUCUUCAAGGUCAAACCAACUAGUGAUUCUGUACUUCACAGCAACAUGGUGUGGGCCCUGCAGAUUCAUGGCUCCUCUUUAUGCAAAAUUGGCAGAAACACCGAAAAGUUGUGUUCUUGAAAAUUGACAUUGAUGAAGUCAGAGAUGUAGCUGCACAAUGGAAUAUCAACAGUGUUCCAUCCUUCUUUUUUACUAAAAAUGGAAAGGAGAUUGAUAAAGUUGUUGGGGCUGAUAAAACUUCACUGGAAUCAAAGAUAGCUAAGUAUGCUUCUGCAUGAGUUUAGUUUUAGACUCUUGAAACGGUGUGUGUAGAAAGUAGAAACUUGUUUUUCUUUACUUUAAAGUGUCAUAGUUGGUGAGUGUGAUAUAUGGAUCUUGCACAUAUCUUAUUAAGUUUUUUGAAAUCUUUUCUGGGAC